CAGUCGAGGAUGUUGAGAUGGUCGACAGAUGCAGAAGUAACAGCACCACACACACAUCAAGAGGCUUCACACACUGUUUUAAUCAUUUACACGUGGAAUAUACCACCAAGAGAUCAGAUUGGCCGCUUGGAUAAGAAAUAUUCCUCUUUCUGGGACAACCUCUUCACACUGGUCUUUCAACUGAGCCUACAGGAACGCACACACAUCUCAUCGGAAAUUCGCUUUUUGCUUUGGAAAUCUGAUGCGUAAUGGUGAUCUCCAGAGGGCUGUCUGAGAAUUAAUACGUUUUCAUUUAAAAUGCAGGUCAUUCUGUUCGUUUCGGUAGUUUCUCUUUACAUUUUAAAUGCUGUUGCGGAUACUAAACUCAAGUGUCCGGAGCGCUGUGAUGUGAGUAAGUGUCCUAGCCCGAGCUGUCCGAGCGGGUAUGUGCCGGACCGCUGUAACUGCUGUCUGGUGUGCGCGCACGGAGAGGGCGAGCCGUGCGGCCGCAAGGACGAUCUGCCCUGCGGGGACGGUCUGGAGUGCAAGCACCCGUUUGGAAAGAGACUGUCCAAAGGGGUCUGUCAGUGUAGGUACAGCAGUAAAGUGUGUGGCAGUGACGGGAACACGUACGGUAACAUCUGCCAGCUGAAGGCCGUGAGCAGGAAAGCGCAGCAGCAGGGUCUGCCCGCGGUCACCAAUGCGCACAAAGGACCCUGUGAAAACAAUCAAGGUCCCACACACCCCAACAGCCCGAGGUACAAAUUCAACUUCAUUGCUGACGUGGUGGAGAAGAUCGCCCCUGCUGUGGUGCACAUUGAGCUGUUCCUAAACCACCCCCUCUUUGGUCGGACGGUUCCUCUAUCCAGUGGUUCUGGUUUUGUAAUGUCAGAGACUGGGCUGAUCGUGACUAAUGCUCAUGUGGUGUCCAGCACCACAGCUGUUUCGGGUCAUCAACGACUUAAAGUACAGAUGCGUGAUGGAGAUGUGCAUGAGGCCACUAUCAAGGACAUCGACAAGAAGUCUGACAUUGCCACUAUCAAAAUCAACACACAGAAAAAGUUUCCUGUUUUAUUGCUGGGUCACUCUGCAGACCUGCGCCCGGGUGAGUUUGUGGUUGCAAUCGGCAGCCCGUUUGCCCUGCAGAACACAGUGACCACAGGAAUUGUCAGCACCGCACAGAGAGAUGGAAAAGAACUGGGUCUCCAUGACUCCGACAUGGACUACAUCCAGACUGAUGCCAUCAUCAACUAUGGGAACUCAGGUGGACCACUCGUUAAUUUGGAUGGAGAGGUGAUAGGAAUCAACACCCUCAAGGUAGCUGCAGGAAUCUCAUUUGCCAUUCCCUCAGACAGGAUUACUCGAUUCUUAAAUGAUUCAUUGGGAAAGCAAAACAAAGAGACAAGAUCAGUGAAGAAGCGUUUCAUUGGAAUCCGAAUGCUCACCAUCACAGAAGCUCUCGUGGAAGAGCUGAGGCAGCAGAAUCCAGAUUUCCCUGAUGUCAGCAGUGGGAUCUUCGUCCAUGAAGUGGUUCCUCACUCCCCUGCUCAGAAAGGGGGCAUCAGAGACGGUGACAUCAUCGUUAAGUUAAAUGGAGAGCCACUGAUGAACACCAGCGAACUGAAGGAAGCGCUCAAUCGAGACACGACUCUAUUGCUGGAGGUGCGCAGAGGCAACGAUGACCUGCUCUUCAACAUUGAGCCUGACAUCAUCAUGCAGUGAUGUCAUCAGCUCUCAGAAUGUGAAGCAUCAAACUUUCAUCUUGUCAGUCAUGCGCUGUCAUGACCAGAGGAAUGUCUAACCAUCCUUCUACGAAACACCAAGGAC